AUGCAUAACAGCAAGGAGUUCUUGUCUGCAAUCACGGGUCAUGUGCAUUUGGAAUCCUUGUUGGUGCGGCUUGACAAGGACAAUCAAGGUUGCUUGGACUUGGAUGACACCCCCGUGCCUUGGGAGAACCUACAGAGUCUUAAAUUAUAUGGGCUUCAAGACAAGCUGGCACUAUCAAUGAGCAAUCUUAGCAAGCUCAGGAAGUUGAAUCUGGAGAUGGACACUUUGGAGCCAAGUGACAUUAAGAUCCUUGCCAAGCUACCAAAAUUAUGCAUUCUGCGCCUUCGUGUCAAACAACUUCGGGAUGACAGGCUCCAUUUCUAUGUUGAGUUGUGUGGGCAGCAGCUGGACACCUUCGAAAUGCUGAAGAUUCUUGAGAUUGCUAGCAGCUCCAGCAACUUACAUGUAACCAUUGGAUCAAAAUCGAUGAAGAUUCUUGAGCUGCUCAAGCUUGACUGCUCCAGUGCGUCUUAUCAGCUCACUGGCCUCAAUUAUCUAUCUGAACUAAAGGUAGUCUUGAUUAAGGGCACCAAUGAUGAAACAAUCAAGGCAGACCUUCAGAGCCAGCUCGACAACCAUCCAAAGAAACCUGUUGUGGAACUGGAGGAACUACCAUGUUCGUCCUGA